AUGCAAACUUCCAAAUUUUCCCUAUCGGCACCACCAGCAGCGCGGCUUCCAGCUAAGAAAUCGACCAUCCUGAGGUCUCUGGAUUCGCUCAAGGUAUUUUAUAAGGACCCGCCUAGCGCCGAAGACUCCUGUGCGAAGGAUCAACAGGAGAAGCCCGGGGUCGACCUGAGGUUGCUCCACUAUCAAGCCAUGCAAGAUGCCAUCGAUGCUCGAAAGAGAUUGGUCCUUGGCUCUGGCCUUUAUCGUUUGUCGAGGCGCCGUGCUGCUAUCCCUGGGUAUGGUGGGUUCAUCCCUUUGAAGGACUCGGCAAAUGUCCUGGGCUGCAGCUAUAGACGGGCCAAUUUGAUCGCCUCUGAGAUGAUGGAGAGGCUGAACCCUCAUGUGCCCCCUGCAGAGUUGUUAGGCUGA